CUUAAAGUUAAUAUUAUUAUUCCUUAAAUUCAUUGCCUAUAUAUUGUUUUACAAAUGUGAACUUACAUUGUUGAUCCAUAAUAAAUGUUGACCAACAAAAAUAAUAAUCAAUUUUUCAGAAACUUUAUCUAAAAAAACAGAUUUUAAAUUUAAUCAAAAAAAUAAAUAAAUUUGGUGAAUGGUAUAAUAAGUUCAACCUCAACUAUUCACCAAAUUUAUUUAUUUUUCUAUUCAAAACCAAAUGUUUAAUUUCUAAUCACCUAGUACUACACAAUUUAACCCAAAAACACACAUAAUGGCACAUGAAGUCGGCUACAGUCAAAUGUGUUAUAUAUAAAAAAGUCUUUAAAAAACUAUGAAAGUAGCGUGUAAGGAAUGACGCCGUCUUCUUCGGCCGUAACAACCGAUGACGUCAUGCUAACAUGUGCAUCUUGCUUCUCUACACGGUGGAGUCGCAUCAUCUUUUUGAUCCUCUGUUCACCUCUUCUCUGCCUUUCAAUACCUCUCCUCUGUGCCGUUGAGAUUUUCAGCCGCCUCCUCAGCCGGAUCGUGAAACCUCCACCUUCCUCCGCCGUGUCGAAAGUCCUCGUCGACGAUGAAGAUAAUUUACGGCUCCGGCAAUGUGAAGAAGGAUUUGGAAUGAAAGAAGAAGAUGAAAAUGAAGAAAGUGGUUUGCUUCAUAGAUACUUAGAUAAUCAGUUGAGUUUGGCUAGAACUAUUUUUGAUGAUGACGGCGAUCGUGAUCAUGAUUCUAUUAGGGUUCCUUUUUUGUCGUAAAUCUUUCUUUUUAUAAGGGAAUUUUAAAAUGCAAAUGUAGAUAAAUAAAUAUACUUUCGAUU